CGGCUAGGGCUCUCUCUCUUUGUCAUGGGAGAUCCCCGGUCUCAGACACCUACUGUGGAAAGAAACGCACUUUUAAAUCCUGGAUUGAUUCGUAAUAUCAUCCAGGUGUGUGCCUACUUAACCAGUAGGCGUGGUCCUCUAAUUGCCCUGAGUAAUUGUAGUUUCACGAGGUAUAUGACUCUUUUGGAUAGCCUGGCUGUAGUUAAACUAUUUUCAAUGGGAAGUAAUACAUGGUUUGUCCAACUAUACCUUCAGAGAAGUUUCCCCAACACUGCUCAUUAUUUGUCAUUACAGUUAAACCCUCUAUCCAAUUUAACUGGAAAAUAACUACUAUGGGUCUGUAAAAGUUUCCAUUUUUACCAUCUUCAUGAAACAAAAAAAAAACAAAAACAAAGUACAUAUAUACACGGACAGGCAGACUCAAUGGCACACAUGCACACGCACACACGCACACACACACACGCACACACACACACGCACACACACGCACACACACGCACACAAAAGGAGAAGUGUGAGUUGACGUGUUCUCUGGCGUUCCAACCACAGGCUCAGUGCGCCUCCUGACUCAGCUGUGAAACAAUCUCAGGAGAAGAGCUGAAGCAAUGAACACAGAAGCACUGAACGCGUUGGCUCUGACUGUUGUCCUCCUACCAGGCGUCCUCUCGGAUGGCUGGACCGUGCGCCUCCCCGCCGGACCCAUCCUCGCAGCGCGGGGCUCGACCGUGACCGUCCCCUGUCGGUACGGUUACCCCGACCCGGGCCGGCGCCGCAGGGUGCUUUCGGUCAUGUGGUGCCGGGACCAGGCCCGCUGCAUCACCCCCAGGUACGUGUACCACAGCGCGGGGAUCCUUCCGGAACCGGCCUACCUGGGCCGGGCGGAGUACCUGGGCGACACGGUGAACGACUGCACCCUUAAAAUCAACGGGCUGAGGGCGUCGGACAGCGGGACCUACGUCUUCCGUUUCAUCACCGAUCACCCCGUGGAGAACCUUCCGGACCAGGCGGGCGUCGUCCUGCUCGUAUCCGAUGCUCCCAACAACACCUCAGUAUCAGUGAGCCCCUCUGGUGAAAUAGUGGAGGGCAGUUCAGUGACUCUGACCUGCAGCAGUGAUGCCAACCCACCAGUGCAGAACUACACCUGGUUUAAGAAGAAUGACACUGGAUCCUGGCAGGCAGGAUCAGGACAGAGUUUUAACUUUUCUAACUUUGGAUCCUGGAACAGAGGACAGUACUACUGUGAGGCACAGAACAGACUUGGAGCUCAGAAUGCUUCUGCUCUGCUGGUCACAGUACAAGCAGGAGAUUGGACAGCGCUUGUAUGGAUGGUUGUUGGAAUCACAGUGGCUUUUGCACUGUUUGCUAUCAUGGUGUGCACAAGCAGGAAGAUGAGCACCAACAGAGAGAGGGGGAGAGGCAGACGCUCUCGUACUAGCAGAGCCUUCAGAGAGUGACAAACGCAGCCAGCGACACAAACUCUGCGCUUCAGAGAGCUGACGAGGCCUCAGUGUGGGAUUAAAACACACAGAGGAGAGACUCUGCAGAGAAUGAGAAAUGGUGGAGAUCAGGGUGAAAGAGUCUCUUUUUGUCUUUAACUUUACAGAACUGCUGUCUGUUUCUGCUAGCUUAUCCAUCUUAUAAAGAGCUGUUGGUGGAGGAUUUUUCACAAAGUACUGUAACCCUGCUGCAACAUGCAUGUUCAUGUAACCCUGCUGCAACAUGCAUGUUCAUGUAACCCUGCUGCAUACAUGCUCCUGUGACACCGUUACACGUUUAUAUAACCCUGUUACACAGACGCACAUGACUCAUGUACAUGCGCAUGUAUUCUCUCACAUUGAAUGGGAAGAUUAUAAUGCAGAUUAAUGCAUAUUAUCAUCUCCAAACUCAGGUCACUUUUAAAAGCAAGGUCCAACAUCUUUUAAAACAGUGUUUUAGCUUUACAUUUUACAUUGCCUUGUUGUAUUGACCCCAUUUUUACUUUCUGUCUGGUUAGCUGUUUGAAAUAAUGCAUCUUUGUGUUUGUUUUCUUUACAUACAUUGUUUUAUUAUGUCUAUCAAUAUAUUAUGAUUUAUUUGAGCAUUGUAAAGCACUGUGAACCUUGAACCUCUGUUUUGAUAAAGAUUAU